CGGCGUCGCCCCUGAUUGGUUAUCAGCCUUGGGCUAAGAAACUUUCCCACGACCAGCGCGUGCUGACAGCCCGCCAGCCACUCCUCACAACCGGGACAGACAGCCACAGUGCUUGCGGAUGGACGGACGGACACUGGAGCGAGUGUGUCACGAACCGAAAGUCUAUUGGACCCCUGACAAACUUAUUCAUAGAACGGGGUGUGUCUGGGCCAUAGAGUUUGCUUGCAACUGUGCUGUCACUCAAAUUCAUGGCUGUCUCGUAAUUGGCAAGUUAUGGUGCCAUGUCCCGCCCCUCCUGGGUGGCAGUCGUGUAGAAAUGAUACGGUGGGAAGGCUUGGUCCUUCAAACGGAUCAACUCGAGGUCUAUCUGACAGACGCACAGAGAGUCGGAGAAUUGGGAGACUUGGACUUUAUAUAUAUAUAUACACUGUACUGUACUCUGAACGAGGGAAAAACAGCAGCGGAUUAAAAUGAAACGGAAUCACGAUUUUAGCUCAUCGGACAGCGAGCUGGACGAGAACAUUGAGGUUGAGAAGGAGAGUGCCGAUGAAAAUGGGAACGUGAUUUCACCCCUUGGGCCGAUGUCUCCAUCAACAAAAACUCAAGUGAAUGCGAGGAAGCGCCGUCGAGGAAUCAUUGAAAAACGGCGCCGCGACAGAAUCAACAACAGCCUCACGGAGCUGCGUAGACUGGUCCCCAGCGCGUUUGAGAAGCAGGGUUCAGCUAAACUGGAGAAAGCAGAGAUUCUGCAGAUGACGGUGGAACAUGUGAAGAUGCUUCAUGCUGCUGGAGGAAAAGGUUACUUUGAUGCCCGUGCUCUGGCCACGGACUACCGAGGUCUGGGUUUCAGGGAGUGUCUGGCUGAGACAGCCCGCUACCUGAGCAUCAUCGAGGGGCUGGACAGCGCUGACCCCCUGAGGAUCCGCCUGGUUUCCCACCUGAAUAGCUACACGUCCCAGAGAGAGGCCCUCUCCAUCUCUGGGAUAGGGCACCUGGCCUGGGGCUCUGCCUUUGCGUCGCCCCCCUCCGCCCACCUGGCCCACCUUCUCCUCCGGCAGCAGCACCAUCAACAUCAGCAGGGGGCGACGUUACAGUUACCACGGAGCGCCUCCAACAGCCCUCCGUCAUCCUCCUCUUCUACUCCUUCAUCCUCCUCCUCUCCGAUUGAGAGAGCGCCACGUUCCUCGCCCCAUGGCCAUGCUCCCAGCAGGCUUAGCGGUGCCACCCCCCUCUCUGAGCACAGCCACUCCCAGGGUGGCCCUCGCCACGUCCCCCCCAGCGCUGCCCCCCUCCCCCCAGGACUGAACCUCACCAUGACCUCCUCAGCCGCCGUGACCGCCAAGCUCUCCCCUCCCCUCUCUCUGUCCUCCCUCUCCACCCUGUCAGCGUUCCCCUUCCCCUUCAGUGCCUUCCCCCUGCUGUCCCCCAGCACCCUCAGCUCCCCUGCCUACACCCCCUCCAGCCAGGCCAGCUUGGGGAAGCAGCCCUACCGGCCCUGGGGCAUGGAGAUAGGGGCUUUCUGAACAAUCUUUAACCCCCCUCCACACAGACUAAACUGACCAUAUAGAUCAAUAGAGGUCUCACCAUCACUAUGAACUCAACUCAGUUCACCAGCUGAGAAGGACCUUUCCAAGACAAUGUUUUUCUAGACCUUUCCAUGGCCAAGACAAUGUUUUUCUAGACCUUUCCAUGGCCAAGACAAUGUUUUUCUAGACCUUCCCAUGGCCAAGACAAGAUUAUGUUUUUCUAGACUCUUCCAUGGCCAAGACAAGAUGAAGUUUUUCUAUCUCACAUCCUAUAGAGGAUUUCUUAGAAAUUGUGUUUCAAAUCAAAGUUUGUUGGUCACACACAUAUUUUGCCGAUGUUAUCGUGGGUGUAGCAACAUGCUUGUGUUUCUAGCUCCAACAUUACUGUAAUAUCUAGCUAAAUGCUUGUGUUUCUAGCUCCAACAGUAAUACCUAGCUAAAUGCUUGUGUUUCUAGCUCCAACAGUAAUACCUA